AUGUGUUUAGCCAGAGCCCUUGUCGUCGCCAAAGCCAAGAUUGAUAACGAUACACGGGAUCGUCUUAUACGAGACCAUCGGAGACCACUUCAAAAGCGUUUGGCUCGUGAAUUACAUCAAAAUGCUGGUGUUUCCCUCGGAUCCUGUGGCAUGGACGAAGUCAAGCAAUUUCAGACCUAUCUUUCUGACUACCAAAUCAACAUCGUUUCCAAAGAGCAUCAGCAUUCCAUCCUUUAUUCGGGUCCCGAUUGAGAGAAAAUAAUUUACCUGUAUCUCCACGAUAACCAUUAUGAUGUUAUUACGAGCAUGCCCGGUUUUUUAGCUCGUAAUAAGUUUUGUCAUACCUUCAAGAAAGCUACAAUAAUCAGAGAGAUCAUCUGUGCCCCAACGCGUGUAAAUGCUGUCGUUUUCCGAACUGUCCCAUCGUAUCUUGGAUUCAUUGUGACGGCUGCAAUCGGGAUUUCAAAAGCCAGGACUGUUUUGAUAGACAUAAACAGACGGAAGGAAAAUCGAAAUCCAUCUGUUCCGAUCUCGUCAAAUGUUCUGAAUGUCAUACCGUCGUGAAGUGAAGUAAAAAGAGACCUGAGAAGCAUCAUUGUGGCAUAACGAAAUGCUCUAUAUGUAAAGAGUACAUUCGAACCGGCAACCACGGCUGCUAUAUGCAACCUGUGAAGAAACGAAACACAACCGAAGACUUGCCCGAUAGCGAACCCGACGAGGAAGACUUGCUCGAUAACGAACCCGAUGACGUAGCCAAUGUUGGGUAAAACCAAUUAUUAUUUUUCGAUUUCGAGUGUCGUCAAGAAAACAGUAACCACGAACCCAACUUAUGCCUACUUCAGAACGAAGCUGGUGACGAACGGGUAUUCGAAGGGGAUAACACGCGAAACGAAUUCUGCGAAUGGCUCUUUACGAAAGAACAUGCGGGCUGUACCGUAAUGGCGCAUAAUUUCCAAGGUUACGAUAGCUACUUCAUUCUCCAAUACCUACGUGAGAACGGUGUCAAGUAUGACGUCAUCAUGCGCGGUGCAAAGGUCCUCACGUUGUCGUUGCCCAUGUUUAAGAUCAGGUUUAUCGACUCCUUGAGCUUUAUCCCAAUGAAGGCUAUUUCCCUCACCUUUAUAACAAGAAAGAGAACGAGCACUAUGUUGGACCCCUACCUCCGAGUCCAUAUUACAAUCCUGACGGAAUGAAUCCUGACGAGAAAGAAAAGUUUUUGGAAUGGCAUAAUGAAUUGAAACAGAACAAUUACGUGUUCAAUUUUCAGCAAGAAAUCCUGAGUUACUGCCGCUCUGAUGUUGAUAUUCUCCGUCGCUGUUGCCUUGAGUUUCGCGAGCUGUUCCGUGACGUCACAGAUAUUGACCCCUUUGAGAAAUGCCUUACCAUUGCGUCAGCGUGUAAUCUGGUAUAUCGAACGAAUUUGCUGGAAGAAGACACCAUUGCCAUCAUCCCUCCACAUGGUUACCGUCCGAAAGUCAAACAAUCCAACAUUGCCCUGAAAUGGUUGUCUUACACCGCUGAGAAGAAUGACAUUUUUGUUCAACAUAAACGGAGUGGUGGAGAGAAGAGUGUUGGCAGGUAUUUCCCGGAUGGAUAUCAUGAGGAAACCAAUACAGCUUAUGAAUUCCAUGGAUGUUUCUGGCAUGGUUGCUUGAAUUGUUAUGCCCGUGGUACCGUGAAUCCCGUCACUGGUAAAACGAUGCACAACCUCUACAUGGCGACCGUGGAGAAGACCAGUUACCUCAGGGAAGGUGGUUUCAACGUGAUCGAAAUGUGGGAAUGUGAGUUGAAGCGGGAACUGGAGCAAGACGAAGAUAUGAGAAGUUACUUUGACAAUUACAAACUGAUUGAUCCUUUGGAAUCUCGUGAGGCCUUCUUUGGUGGUCGAACCAACGCUGCCAAACUCUACCAUCAGUGUGAAGAGGAUGAAAAAGUCAGGUACGUCGAUUUCACGAGUCUCUACCCCUGGGCCAGUAAGAUGACGCGAACAAUCGUUGGCCACCCGCGCAUUAUCACCGUAAACUUCGACGAAGACAUCUCCACUUAUUUUGGCUUAAUCAAAUGUACGGUAUUACCACCUCGAGGUCUUUUCCAUCCUGUUUUACCCUAUCGUGCGCAGGGUAAAUUGAUGUUCCACCUUCGCAGAACCUGCGCAGAUACGUGUGAUCAGAACACCUGUACCCACUCCGACAACGAAAAAGCUAUCCAAGGAAUCUGGUGCAGCGUGGAGUUGGACAAAGCCCUAAAGAAACGUUACCGAAUCCUACAAUUGCACGAAGUGUGGCAUUUUCCCGAAACCUCGGACGAACUGUUCAAAGAUUAUAUCGAUACCUUCCUCCAAAUCAAACAGGAGGCGAGUGGAUACCCCAACGACUGUGUUACCGAGGAACAGAAACAACAGUACGUGGACGGGUAUCUAGAGGUAGAAGAAAUCCGUUUGGAUCCAAACAAGAUCGAGUAUAAUCUUGGCAUGCGCGCCUUGGCGAAAUUGAUGCUCAAUUCGUUUUGGGGUAAAUUUGCACAACGACCCAACAUGGCCAAAAACCUAACAGAUUAUUCGAGACCCGCAGGUGUAUUAUGAUUACCUCACCUCGGAUGAAAUCAACGUGCUUGACGCCAACCUGGUGAGUGACGACAUGAUUGAAAUAUAAGUACACCGAGAAUUUCAUCGCACCCAAUGCCAAAACCAAUGUGGUCAUCGCCGCGUUUACCACCGCUUAUGCACGUCUCAAGUUGUACGAGGUAUUGGAUGUGUUGCAAGAAAAAGUCCUCUAUUACGAAACAGAUUCCGUGAUCUUUGUUAGCAAACCCGACGAUCCAGAACCACCGACGGGUUCUUACCUUGGUCAAUUAACCGAUGAAUUGAAAGGGGACCACAUUACCACUUUCAUCUCGGGCGGUCCAAAGAAUUAUUGUUAUCGUACCAAUACGAACAAGGUGAAGACGAAAAUACGUGGGAUCACGUUAAACUGCACGGCUAAACAGAAAGUGAACUUUGAUGUUAUUCGUGCAUUAGUGUUCCUUCAUGCUAAAUGUCAUGUUACCGGACAAGUGUCAGUGGAUAUCCCGUUCAAGAUCACGAGAAAUACGAAGAGCAAAAACAUUGAGACCAAACGCAUGAAAAAGGACUACCGCAUUGUGUAUAAUAAACGUAUAAUUAUUGAUGAUUACAAAACAAUACCAUAUGGGUAUUAA